AUGAAUGCCGAUCAAAUCCCAACUGGGUACACACAUGUUAAUUUUGCUUUUACAAAAGUUUCGCAAACGUAUCAGGUUGAUAUUAGUGGCAUGGAAGAUGAGUGGGGACUUUUGUCCGACAGAAGGGGUUCAAGCGAAUUAUAUCCUUUGGUGGCUGGGCCUUCAGUGCCGAUACGAGGCAUCGACGGCGUUGAUAUCGACUUAGAAUACUCCGGUGAGCCUGAUAUUCAGAGUAUUCCUUCGGGGAGCUCACUGAGAGUAGCACUCCUAAGUGGAAUCUCGCUCUCUAUAGCAGCAACAGCCUCAUAUUGGUAUCUUCAAGGGUUUCCUAUUGCUGAUAUUGCUUCCGUGGUCAAUUACAUCAUCUACAUGACGUCUCAUCAGGAGGAUAUGAUGUACCAUCACCAGUUUUCACUGUUGCAAGGUAUUUGCUGGGGCAAAACAUUACCAUCGCCAAGUUUCAGUGCUUCAAGCAACUCGCCAAGACCGAAAAUAUUAAGCCGAUUCCAGAGAUUGCGUUAA